AUGAUCAUCGACGAGCUGAUGGACCUGCGGAAGACGCAAUCAAUGUCCGUUAGAGAAUACAGCCGAGCCUUCAGGAAGCUGAAUCGAUACAUUACCUUCAUCGACGAGAGUGAACCCAUCCCUGAGACCGACUGCGUCCGCAUGUACAAAAGCGGAAUGCCAAUCGAGUGGCAGAUUGAGAAGUGCUGUGUGCCCCGUCACAUCGCCGGACUUGAGCGGCAGUUUGAACUCAUCGAGCGAGUAGAACAAGAAGAUGAAGCCCUCCGCAAUAGACGCCGACCUGCACGCGACAACAAGAACAGCAACGCAUCUCGGUCUCGUGAGAAUGGUGGUGGACACCAG